AUGGCGGUGACACCUACACAGCUCUCGAAGCCGUUUUUCUCUACUAAAUCUAUCCAGCAACCGUCGCUCUGGUUUCCGGCGACGCAACGGGUGAAAUCAGCGAGAUUCACCGUCCGCAGCUCCGUCUCCGCCGCGCCGGCGCACGCCGUGGCUUCGAAGGCUGCGGCGGCGAAGGUGAAGUCGGUUAAGGGGAGGCAGAUUGUAGACAGCAGAGGAAAUCCGACGGUGGAGGUUGAUCUGAUCACGGAGGACGGAUCGCUUUACCGCUCCGCCGUCCCCAGCGGCGCCUCCACCGGAAUCUACGAGGCGCUUGAGCUGAGAGACGGCGAUAAGAGCGUGUACGGGGGCAAAGGCGUGCUCAAUGCGGUUAAAAACAUCAAUGAGGGUUUAGGACCUAAGCUCGUCGGGAUUGACGUCAGGAAUCAGAAGGAUGUCGAUGCAGUAAUGCUCGACAUCGAUGGAACCCCAAAUAAAUCGAAGCUUGGGGCGAAUGCAAUCCUAGGAGUUUCCCUAAGCGUAUGUCGAGCUGGUGCAGGAGCAAAGGGCGUGCCCCUUUACAAGCACAUCCAGGAAAUCUCGGGAACAAAAGAGCUUGUCAUGCCAGUCCCGGCGUUUAAUGUUAUAAACGGAGGAAGUCAUGCCGGGAACAAUCUGGCGAUGCAAGAAUUCAUGAUACUGCCCACAGGAGCAGCCUCGUUUUCCGAGGCACUUCGAAUGGGCAGUGAAGUUUAUCACACCUUGAAAGGAAUUAUCAAAGAUAGAUACGGGCAAGAUGCGUGCAAUGUUGGAGACGAAGGUGGUUUUGCUCCAAAUGUGCAGGAUAACAGGGAAGGAUUGGUACUGCUAGUCGAUGCAAUAGAAAAGGCCGGUUACACGGGGAAGAUCAAGAUCGGGAUGGAUGUUGCUGCGUCCGAGUUCUUGACUAAGAAAGGGGAGUUUGUGGAGUAUGAUCUCAACUUCAAGAAGAAACCAAACGACGGUGCUCAUGUAGUUUCAGCACAACGUCUUGGCGACUUGUACAGAGAUUUUAUCCUAGAGUUCCCUAUUGUAUCGAUUGAGGAUCCAUUUGACCAGGACGAUUGGGGUUCAUGGGCAUCGCUGCAAUCCACAGUCGAUAUCCAGCUUGUGGGUGAUGACUUAUUAGUCACAAACCCAGAAAGAAUAGCCGAAGCCAUUCAGAAGAAGGCUUGCAAUGCUUUGCUACUAAAGGUUAACCAGAUUGGAAGUGUGACAGAAUCUAUUCAAGCGGCGCUCGACUCAAAGGCUGCCGGAUGGGGGGUUAUGGUUAGUCAUCGUAGUGGAGAGACCGAAGACAAUUUCAUCGCGGAUUUGGCUGUAGGCUUGGCCAGUGGACAGAUCAAGACAGGAGCUCCUUGCCGAAGUGAGCGGUUGGCCAAAUACAAUCAGCUUUUGCGCAUUGAAGAGGAACUCGGAAAUGUUCGCUACGCUGGCGAAGCUUUCCGGUUUCCUUAGGAAAAAGGUGUGUGGAGGAAGGGAUUGAAAGCAAAAUAAUGCUUCAGAGUUUUGUUUUGUUUUGUAUUGAGUGAAAUCAACUAGUUGAGAUCGCAAUCAAUUAUCGAUCCUCUUUAGAAUAAAGAACAGCACAAAUGGGAAAUCUAGCUGUGGUUUAUUUUGGACUAGAACUAUGUAUUUUGAAUCUGUUUUGUUGUAGAGACAUUCUAUUUAGUGUUGCUUUUGAUAUCGAAUUGAGACAAGCUGUGAAUUGCUUGUUAAGCCUUUUAAGAUACACUUCAAUUAUCCACUUCUCUCUAGACUAUGUUAAGGAUUUCAAUCAAGAAACAAGAUAGAUACAUGUUAUGUGGCAGGGCAUUGCU